CCGCCAUCGUCGCUGAUGGCCAUUGGUGCAGGAUGUCAUCCCCGGAAAUCAUGGACAUACUACGGGAAGUAUCAGGCAAAUUGACCCCUGAAAAUGCCCCCGCCACCCUCUCGAGCAUCCUAGGUGUCCUCUUCCGCCAUCGCUUUCAACCCCCGGACCCAGAUUACACGUCCGAGAGUGCUUGUCGCGGCCUUCUCGAGACCCAUCCUAGCCUAUAUUCCCUCCUGGAAAAAGCUGCAGCGGAGAAAGACGACAGCAGCUUAUGGGCCUGUGAUGUUCUUGCAUUUCAGGGCGUCGAAUUACGCACUCGUAGGCCCAUCGGUCGCGCGGAAGCUACUGCUGAAAGAGAGUUGGGGGAAUUGCUCAAUCGACUUCGCGAGUCUAUAUCUGCCUUUGCGAAUGCUCCUUCGCCAACCGAGCGGUGGAGUGCACCGCCCUCCGACUCCCCCUCGCCCUACUCAGAUUUCAUCUCUUCGCUUCGAAUGAUCAACAUGGGACCCAGCCGCCCUUGCAUCCUCAUUCAUGAACUUGGACAACACGUCGACCACAGUGUUUCUGAUGUUCUGCGCAAUCUCUUCACUCCGGGACAGCACGUCUUGUAUGUCAAUGCAUUCGGCACUGGAAAAACUCGCCUCAUCUUCGAAGGCCUUUGUCGUCGCUGGGGUUUCUACAUUCCUUGCGCACUGGGCUCUGACCGUCUUGGCUCUGUUGACAUGCAGAUGUGCCUCGACAUGGACAUGUCGAGAGCUUACGGCUUCCAAAGAUUGUCUCCAUGGUCAGACGCUGCCGUGGCGCGGAACCGCGAUGUCGCGCAGUACGCUUUCUCGCGCGUGUUGCUGACCAGGUUGAUCAUAUUCAAGAUAUUCCUGGACGAGCUGGCCGACAAAAAGGCUCCGGACGCCCCUCUGCGCUGGUUACUCCUCCAAGUUCUCACACAAAAACUGGAGCCUUUCGACAUCUUUGAUGAUGUUACGAGAGUGCUGUCGCAAGUCUCGGACUUCUAUAUCGACGACAUGACUUCCGACUUACUGCUCGAUAUCAAAGCGAGGUUAGACGGAUCGGAGACCGCCCUCUUCUGCGUUUUGGACAGCUGCGAAGCCGCUAGCAGGUUAUAUACGAGCGGAGCGUUUGGUGCGGGGACUACGUUUUUGCGCGAACUAGUGCGGGCCUCGGAAGGCCAUGAUGGUCUUGCCAUCAUCCUCUCUGGAUCGUACAUCAACCUCGAGGCCUUCCAAGAUUCCGGCCCAAGGCAUUACACCGUUUAUUCCAACACCGGCGCUCUGCUGGAUCGAGAUGCUCAACGACGCUAUAUACAAAGAUAUCUCCCCCCUACCCUAGCCCAGUCCACCGUCGGAAAAGAACUCCUGAAGCGCUGCUGGCAAUGGCUCCGUGGUCGCUUCGGCUUUACAGCGUCCUUCGUAACAUGUCUCUUGACGACAAAAUUCGAACACCCGCUCCUUCUACUCGAUUUUUUCAUCGCCACGGUGAUGUGCAUAGAGCCGCCGCACGUAUCGCAGUCCGACCUGCAAGCCUUGCAAACGCCACGCGACACCGUAUUUAUAUCCUAUAAAGGACGUGAACAUUCUGGACUCUCCGGCGAUAGGCAGGCAUUGCUGGCUGCUCGCUUCGCCCUGUUCAAAAUUAUCCUCACGGGCGAAGACUGCGUCAGGUUCUCCGGCAGUUGCAGCUACCCACUUGUCGUCCACGGUGUCGCACAUUUCACGGACUCUGCCGGUAGGGAGGCGAUGAUUCACGAGCCAGCCGUGCUAAUGCCUUUAAAAUCAAUCAUCUUUCCCAAGUCGAACCCCAUGCAUGGCUUCUAUCCUGAUGAGCUAGCCGCCCUCCUCACCAAAGCGCCGUCGCAUGACGCGCAUCACCUUGUAUUCAUCAUGACCGUCAUGCGCGCUCUCGAACAGCGCGCCCAUCGCCUCAAUGAGCUCUUCCAAUUCGCUGGGAUCGACCCGUCCUGGACGGAGCAGACGGUGCAGCUCGUGCGAGUCUUUCACCCGGGCGGCGGCAGGAGCCCCCACGCUCGGGUCUACAAAUCGGCCUUGUCGAGCAUGUCUCGCGAGACCACCUGGGCGACUGACUCGGCGGAAUGGCUGAGUCACGAAGCCAAGGCGCCGUUCUGUCUCUCGUCCGGCUUCAGCCACGCUGAUGUCCUGUUCGUGCUUCGACUCGAGGACGGUCGCUUGCUGUACGUGGCACUCGCCGUCCUGUUCAAGAACGCACACGUCGAGGCCGACGCAGCAAAGAUACAAGCCAAGUUCGCACAACUGGCGCCUCAUAAGCUUUUCAAGCUCGGGAGGACCCGCUCGUCGAAGACGAGUGGCCUGCGUUUGCAUGACCUGCCGAGGAAGGUCGAGGAGGCGGGCGACCCGCCCUUGCUGCGGCUCGUCGCCACCUAUCCGUAUGAGAUGGACAUCAACGAGAUCAAGCCCGACGGGCUGGCGCACCCCAUCGCCGCCGUGCGUACGACGAACCUGCGCGAGUAUGCGCAGACCAUCGACCUCAAGGACGUCAUGCGGCGCCUCGAGAAUGUCAUGACCGUUCCGCGGGGGAGCAAGCGGAAGGCUACGAACGCGGUGCCGCCGCCCGUGGGCACAGCCAAGCGGCCACGGACGCGUUCCGUUACCGCGAAGGCGGAGGCCGCGAGGGGGCGCAGGGGGCCGCCUCAGCGGCGGACGAUGCGGUAAAGGCAGGCGUCCUCGAGGGCAGCUUGUGUUCAGCGCCACCGUCACCGCCAUCGAGCAAGAUGCGAUAUCCGCGCUGCGCGGGCGACAAAGGAGAUACUUAUGCUUGGGAUGAUCAUUCAGUUUGGUCCUUUUGGGAUACGCUGCGAGCUCAAGGCUAUCGAUCGCGCGGAGCGCUUUACUCGUACCACUCAUGCUAAUUCAGCGACCUACGGACGCUCUUUGGAUUGUGUUUACUGCGACUUGGAACUUGGUUUCGACUUUUUACUUGGCUGUGUUCUGUACUUGCUUUGUCCACCCUGUGUGCCUCGAAGAGGCAAGCCUCCGUUGCGAUGUUACAUAUCUAGUUGUCCGUCUGCACAAUUUAUCUAUCACCGCUACUUACUACGUUCCCCGCAUCGCGUCUCUCAGUCAUGCUCAUCGUUCCUCCGCUCUCAGACCGGCUCGACAAGGGUAGCGACAUAUAUUACUUAUCCUCUUUUUCA